GUUGUUAGUACGGUACUGUAGUAGCAUAGUUAGCUCGCUGGUUCUCCAUUAAAGCUAAACUCAGCGGGACGAUGAGCAACCAGAGCUCCAGAACUGAGAGCACAGCGGCGGUGAGCGCGCCUGAUUCCUCCGCGGCGGCGUCCAGAGACCGGAAAGGCGGCGGCGGGGUGGUCAAGAGGCUCAAGUCGCGGCGGGUAGCGGCGGAGCGGCGGCCCGUCACCGAGGAGGAGCUGCGGGCGUCAGGCAGAACCAUCAGCCCGGAGGAAGUGCUCGCUCUCCGCGCUGUGACCCGCGAUUAUCUUUGCAAACCUGAAGACAACAUUUACAACAUCGACUUCACCCGCUUCAAGAUCCGAGACCUGGAGACGGGCACAGUGCUGUUCGAGAUCGCCAAACCUCCUCACUGUGAUGUUGAAGACGAGGACGAGGAAAACGUGGAUGCCGAUACGAGUACUGGCCGCUUCGUUCGAUAUCAGUUCACAUCAGCUUUCCUUAAACUACGCACAGUCGGAGCCACCGUGGAGUUUACAGUCGGAGAUCGACCCGUCAGUAAUUUCAGAAUGAUCGAGCGUCACUAUUUUCGGGACCGGCUGCUGAAGAACUUUGAUUUUGAUUUUGGAUUCUGCAUACCGAACAGCCGCAACACAUGCGAGCACAUCUACGAGUUCCCUCAGCUCCCGGACGAGCUCAUCCGUCAGAUGGUGGAACGUCCGUAUGAGACCAGAUCAGACAGCUUCUACUUCGUAGACAACAAACUCAUCAUGCACAACAAGGCAGACUACGCUUACAACGGUGGCCAGUGAUGCUGCACACACAGGAGGUGUGUGUGUGUGUGUGUGUGAGAGAGAGAGAGAGAUGUAACAUCUAUUGCUUCGAUGAAACCUGGCGCUAAACCGGAUGCUUCAAACCUCCAGCUCAGAUUUUAUGGACUUUUUCUACCCAGAUAAUUAUCGUUUCCACAGAUCCUGCGCUUACAUUUCAUACUGCUUUAAAAUGAAGGAUUUAAAAUGAUGACUGUGCAUUUUUUUUUACCAUAAACAAAGUUUGGUGUCAGAAUGAAGCCCUGCAGCCACAAUUAGAACAAAAAACGUAUUCAGGUUAAUUCACGUUUCAUAGAAAGAUUGUUUUCCCCAGUGUAGUGCUUUCCAGGUUUAUUACGCUAACCCACCACUGCUGAGAUCUGGGUUCGGAUCUCAGUGGUGCUGUCGGCUUGCUGAUCGUCUGCACAGACUUGAUUGGCUACGACUUGGAGUUACAUUAACAUUCACAUCAUUUAGUGGACACUUUAUUAGACAUCAACUUAGAUCCUGGUUCAAGGGCCCAACUGAGGCAAUGUAGCAGUGAUGGGGCUUCCUUCCAGUAACCUUCCAGUUACUAGUCCAGUACCUUGUGUAGUCUGUACUCACACAGCACAAGUGCACCAUACUCAGCCAUCUAAGAAUCAUAAAGAUGUGGCUCUGUGGAUUGUCCACACAGCCAUAGAUGUUAAUUAUUAUUUACAUUAUUAGCACGCUGUUUAACCAAGCGUGCUGUAGCUCUGAUGGCUGCUUUGUGUGUGUGUGUUGAUCUGAUUGAAUCAGACUUCCGUCUGUUUUUGACGCGUCUGAGUGUCCUCACUGUCAGAAUCAGCCGUUUGUCAUUCAGAGCAGAUACAUUUGUGUCUGACGCAGAUCAAAAUCUCGUUCCUAAAAAUCCUACAACCCCCCGUCCUGUUCAAAUCCUUCACCCAACCGACAACCAUCUCUCUGUGAUCAGACCACAUCCCCAUCAGACCCCAGUCGAACCAGUCAAUCUUUUACCAUCUGGGUUGGAAUUUGGCACAUCUCAGCCUGUCAGCUACAUUUGGGGUAAUAGGUGUGAAUUUUAGGUUGUUUUUCUGUCGCUGUGUUGAUUCGUUUGUGCAAAUAAUCAUCAUAAUCAAUGAGAGGUUAAACGAGACAUUGUGAAACCGAAUGAGAAGCUGAACUACUUUACUGAACAAGGUUGUGCAGAAUGAGAUGUUAUGAUACUGAAUGAGACUUUAUGAUGAGGUGUUACUGAAUGAGAAGUUAUUGAAUGAAGCUUUGCAGAGUUAGAUGUAGCCGAAUGAGACGUUAGGUUAUUAAAUGAGACUUUGCAGAGUAAGAAGUUGCCAAAUGAGAUGUUGCAAUACUAAAGGAGACAUUACAUUGCUGAAUAAGACGUUGCAGAAUGAGUUACUGUGUUACGGGAUGAAACAUCACUAAAUGAGAUGUUACAGAAUGAUGCGUUAUUUUACGAAUGUGACGAAACUAAAAUAAAUUAUAAAAUAAAAAAUACUUUAAAAAUGAGGCAUUACAUAACUGAAUAAGGUGUUGCAUUACUGGAAGUUUGAUGUUAGUAAAUAAGAUUGUAUGGUAAUGAUAUGGCACUACAUUACUGAAUGAGAUGAAUUUUUGUUUUGUUUUUUUUCCCUGUUGUUUCUGUUGAAUUCACUGAUCGAAUGUUUCCUCUUGAUUACUUUCCCAUGAUGUUAAUGACAAACAUUUUGUAAAAUAGGAAGCCGGUUCUGCUCGUGUCGUUUUUUUCGUUUCUGUAUGAUGUUAUAAACUGGAAAACAUUUUAUACUUGAGGGUUUUUUUCUGCCUCAUUCGUUUCAUUUUGUUUUCUUUUCGAUGAAGCCUGUAUCAGGACUGAACUGAGAAAUAUCACAAUGAAGAUGAGCGAGGGUUUGAGGCCUUAUGGAGGAAUAUCAGGUGUGAUGGAUCAGGGAAAAAUACUAAACUGUGCUGAUUAAAGUUCUGUUCAUGUUCUACUGGACCAAAAUCACCCUCUCACUCUUCUGUUCAUAGAUUUAAGAGAAAUUGUAUUCUAGAUCAGAUUCAAUAGACGUUAGUAGUGUUUUUCUUUUCUUUUUAACGAUUAUUGUUGUUUAUAAAAUGUGAAAAAUAAAAUAUUUCAUUACAAA